CCUUCUCCACAAACCAAGUGACCUAAAGAGACCACAAGUACUGAAAAAACAAAGAGAGCAGAGAGAGAAGAAACAGAGAGAUGGCAAGGUGGUGCAUUGUGCUGGUUCUUGCUCUAGUUGUAGCUCACACUACAGCUAGAAACGUGCCUACAGCGAAUGACGCUGGUUUCAAAGACCAAAAGAACUUCCUCGGUGGCGUUGGUGGCUUCUCUGGUAUUGGCAGCAAUGGGCUUCCAUUUGCUGGAGCAGGGGCUGGUGUUGGUGGUGAUCUUGGCGGCGGACUUGGUGGAGGCACUGGGAUAGGCGGAGUUGCCGGGCUUGGUGGUGGUAGUGGUGGAAUCGGUGACUUGGGUGGUGCAGGCGGCUUGGGUGGUCUUGGUGGUUUAGGCGGCGGCACCGGAGGCUUGGGUGGUCUAGGGGGCUUAGGAGGCGGCACCGGAGGCUUGGGUGGUCUAGGAGGCUUAGGAGGCGGCACCGGAGGCUUGGGGGGUCUUGGUGGAGUAGGCGGUGCUGGUGGCGGCGUUGGUGGCGGUGUCGGUGGUGGAAGUGGUGUUCUUCCCUACCCUUGAAGAUGUAGUUCAAAUAUGGGAUUGAUUGUGUUGUGUGUUUACCUCUUUAUGGGAUUAAUAUGUUGAAGUUUAGCUGUUGAAGUGUUUAGCAGUUUAGUUCUGUGAGGUCAUCACUCAUGAGCUGAGGGUAUUUUCUUAAAUAUUUCGUUUGUGUCUUCCUAAUCCUAGUUACUAGUCAGUCAAACAAUAUUAUAUCAAGAAAAUGUUUCCUUGUGCCUUUUUAAUAUUAUAUCAAGAAAAUGUUUGAUCUUUA